UGGAUUUCCUGUUGUCUGUGGAUAACUUGCUACUUACAUCAAGCCUCAGUCUGUGCUGCGCAUCACUUCAUGCCCACCAUCUCGAUCAUGAAAUGGCCAACGAGGUCAACUAUACUAUACUAUUCAGUAUCCAAUCGACACAUAGUGUACUAAGCACUCUUGCAAGUGACAUGAUGAAGUUGGCACCAGGUGUUCUUCCCCAUCCCAACCACCCACCGUCGUGCGGGUGCAGCCACGCUAGACGAUCUUGGGUAUAGACGCUAACUGCUAGGGACCUCAUUCAACCAACACUGCACAAUAGCUUUCUCAACUCGGCUCGAACUCUCUCUCGGAUUGUACCCCUCCGACUAACCCAUGCUCUUAUCAAUUGGGAGCUAGCUCUCACACAGUUAAGGAGCCAUGACUCGUCCCAAAAGAGAUUUCCCAGCAGUCCGCGCCUGCAUCUUCGACAUGGACGGUCUUCUCAUCAACUCCGAAGACAUCAUCACCCAAUCCACGAACAAACUCCUAGCAAAGUACCACCGACCGGCCUUCACUCGAUCGAUCCGGGCCCAGCUCAUGGGCGUCCCGGACUCGACCAGCAGCGACGCGUUCCACGACUGGGCGCAGUUGCCCACCCCCCGCGAGCAGUUCGCCGGCGAGCUGCACGAGCAGAUGCGCCGCGACUUCCCCACCUGCACCCCACUUCCUGGCGCGGAGAAGCUCCUCUCGGACCUCAGCCGUGCACGAUGCGUUUCUUCGUCUUCAUCCGGGGACAGACUAGCGCUAGCGCUGGCAUCGAGCACCAAGUCCCCGAGCUACGAGCUCAAGAUCACAUUGCCAGAAACGAGACGUUUGCUGAGCUUCUUCCCGCUGGAUCGCCGGAUCCUCGGGGAUGACCCCCGCGUGCGGGAGGGUCGAGGGAAGCCCGCGCCGGAUAUUUACUUGGUUGCCUUGCAGGCGUUGAAUUCGGCGGUAGAGCAGGGUGGAAGGCCGAUCUUGCCGGAGGAGUGUCUGGUCUUUGAGGAUAGUCUGGCCGGGGUGGAGGCUGGACGACGAGCGGGGAUGAGGGUUGUGUGGGUUCCGCAUCCGGAUGUGGCGAUGGAGUACCGGGGGAGGGAGUCGGAGGUGCUCGCUGGGAGAUCCGGGAUGUUUCGCCUCGGGGACGAGUGGCAGCUAGGCGAGAUCGAUGAUGGCUGGGCGGAAAGUCUUCCGAGCUUGGAGCAUUUUGAUGCCGGGAAGUAUGGGCUUGAGAUACCAGGCUAACUGCUGCGGGAAGGGACUGUUCCCAGCAUGGUGCAUGCCCCUUGGAGAAUCUAUCACUAUUUAGAUAACUGUAAAGUAUAUUGGUUUAGAUCACCGAUCACGAGACCAUGAUUGAUGGAAUCGAUUUGAUGGAACAUGAC